AUGAAUCAUGGCGGACGCGACCGCCCGAGGAGGUCCCCGCGCCAGCAGCCUGGGGGGAGGCAGCCCGAGGGAAGGCAGCCCGAGGGGAGGCAGCUCGAGGGGAGGCAGCUCGAGGGGCGGCAGCUCGAGGGGAGGCAGGCCGGGGGGAGGCAGGCCGGGGGGAGGCAGGCCGGGGGGAGGCAGGCCGGGGGGAGGCAGGCCGGGGGGGGGCGGGCUGCAGGGGGUAGCGGAGGAGCGGUGCAAGCAGGCGACGGCGGUGAGCGGGCGAGGGAGGAGCGCGAGGUGCUGCUGCUGGUGACGAGCGCCGAGACCAACAUCCAGCUCGUCCUCGCCGACAUCUCCUCGCGCUCCCACCUCGCUGCCGGUGCUUGUGGUGAGAGCAAGUGCUUGUGGCGAGAGCAGGUGCUUGUGGUGAGAGCAGGUGCUUGUGGUUAG